GCGCACAUCUGCACUUCAGAGCGAGGCGUGGUCAGUCAGCUAACAGGUGGUUCAGUCGGUACAGCUGCAGUCACACUUCAUCCACAGGAUACCUACCUACUCACCUUUAUCUCCUCUAAACCAACACACAGCUGCAGCAAAAUGCCAAAGUGUCCAAAGUGUGACAAGGAAGUUUACUUUGCCGAGAAGGUGACAUCACUGGGCAAGGACUGGCACAGGCCCUGUCUGAAGUGUGAGAAGUGCGCCAAGACGCUGUCGCCGGGCUCACAUGCAGAGCAUGAGGGCAAGCCAUACUGUCACAAACCCUGCUACAGUGCGAUGUUUGGACCUGGAGGAUUUGGACGUGGUGGAGCCGAGAGCCACAAAUAUUAACUGACAGGUUCAAUGACCCCUGGAAACUAGAUUGACGAAGCCAGCGUUUCUGACAAGUCCCAAUAAAAACCAGCAAACAAACUGUGUUCUCAUUCAGAAGAAACAUUUUGUGUGCAUGUGUUUUUAUUUUAUUGUUGUUUUUAUCUGCAGUUUCUGAAGAUGAUUGUGUAUUCCCAUGAUACAGGAAUGAAGUGGUUGUCCUCUAGUCUCUUCCCGUUCUUAAUGUGGACAUUCUGAUUAAACUUUUUAAAUUUG